AUGGCACCGUUUGAGGCACUAUAUGGUAGGAGGUCUAGGUAUCUAAAUGGGUUACAGUCAGCAGAUAACAGGAAGCAGCCCUUAGUGUUUGACGUUCGAGACCAGGUCUACUUGAAUUUAUCACCCAUGAAGGGGGUGAUGAGAUUUUGCAUUAAGAAGAAGUUGAGUCUGAGGUAUGUUGGGACAUACGAGAUUCUACAGUGUGGGGGUUUAGGGGUUGACGGAGACUUGUCAUAUGAAGAGGUUCCUAUUGAGAUUUUAGACUGGCAGGUGAAGAGGCUGAGAAACAAAGAGGAUGCCACAGUGAAGGUAUUGUGGAAGAACCAUCUUGUUGUGGGUGCUACGUGGGAGGACGAGACCGAAAUGAGAUCCCGCUAUGCUCAUCUUUUCAUCUCUUGA